GCGGGGCCACGCCGGGUGAUUGACGCCCAGACCCGAGCGGGGAGAGGCGGGGCCAAGGCCUGACUAAACCUGAAGACUUGGAGGCCGAGGGGCUUCGACCCAGCUGAGGAGCGAAGAGCUGCUGGCAGCGCCGAUCUCCCCAGCGCGCAGGUUUUUAGAACAUUAGCUCUCAAAAUGGGCAGAAUCUUCCUUGACCAUAUUGGUGGUACCCGUCUGUUUUCUUGUGCAAACUGUGACACAAUCCUGACCAACCGCUCAGAACUCAUCUCCACUCGGUUCACAGGCGCCACUGGUAGAGCAUUUCUUUUUAACAAGGUAGUUAACUUGCAAUACAGUGAAGUUCAGGAUCGGGUCAUGCUCACUGGCCGCCACAUGGUUCGAGAUGUAAGCUGCAAAAACUGCAAUAGCAAACUGGGGUGGAUCUACGAGUUUGCUACUGAAGACAGCCAGCGUUACAAGGAAGGCCGUGUGAUUCUGGAACGAGCACUAGUUCGAGAGAGUGAAGGCUUUGAGGAGCAUGUACCAUCUGAUAACUCUUGAAGAAAAAAGAUAAAUCCAUCUUUUCCCAGGUCUCCUUCACUGAAAACAAAAAUCUACUUACAUACACUGUCACCUUAGCAUCAGAGUCGGAUUCAUGAACUGCGGAACAAGAGGUUGUGAGAAUCUAAGAUGGAACCUUUCUUUCUCUUUUUUUUUUUUUUAAUUUUGUAUUUCCCAUCCAACAGCAGUUUGUAGAAAGAAUAUUAUGCAGGUGCCGUUAAUUUUUCCCUAUGUUUACAUCUUGAGGCAGGAGUCUGCAGCUACAUGGGCUAUGAGGGGAAAAUUAGGCCACUAGAGUGAAAAGGAGUGUUUGUGUACAUUUUGGAUGGAGAAUAUGUCUAGAGCAUGGUUUUUAAACUUAUUUGGGCUUCAUUUUAAACUUUCUUUUAAACCCAGUUAUUUCACUUAAUUUGCUAGCUUCAAGAAGAGAUCCGAAUCUGUGCCCAGCGCUGGAGGCUCAGUGUUAGCGUGGCUUGUGCUGGCCAGUGUGCCAUAUUCUUGUUGGAGAGGAACUGUAGCACCAGAACCCAUUCUUCCUAGUCAGUCUUGACCCACAGAUGUCACCAUCCCUAGUUAAUUGUCACCAUGUACUUGGUGUUGAUUGGAAACUUUCUGAAAUGGGGCAGAACUGCUUGGCUGUCUUUCCCGUGUAACUUAAGCAUAGUAAUAUAAAUAAAGUGAUAGUUGGA